CCUACAGGCUAGUGGCUCUAUUGACUUUCGGCUAUGCGCUACCAAACCAAAACACCACCAUUAAAAUGAAAAUUCAACGAUGAGCUGUAGUUAUUAAUUAACCCAAUGAUAAUCAUUAGGUUUCGGGGCUGUGGUAACUGUUAGCCGCAUCGCUAACGGGUAGUUAGCCGCGUUAGCCUUGCUAACAACACCAGCAGCUGCAACAGCUGACAGAUUUUCACCGCAACCCCUCACAUUUAACAGGAACCCAGAUGGAAACAAACGCCCCGAAAAGACGUGACAACAAGAAGUCUCUGCGGGUUAAAGUGAUCAGCCUCGGAAACGCCGAGGUGGGGAAGAGCUGCAUCAUCAAGCGUUACUGCGAGAAGMGAUUUGUUCCAAAGUAUCUGGCUACAAUCGGCAUCGACUAUGGUGUCACGAAAGUGCAGGUUAGAGACMGAGAAAUCAAAGUGAACAUCUUCGACAUGGCCGGACAUCCGUUCUUCUACGAGGUGCGGAAUGAGUUCUACAAAGAUAGUCAGGGCGUGCUGCUGGUGUACGACGUCGGCCUCAGGGAGAGCUUCGACGCCCUCGACAGCUGGCUGGCAGAGAUGAAACAGGAAAUGGGCUCGCAGGCCAACAUGGACAGCAUCGUCUUCAUCGUCUGCGCCAACAAGGUGGACCUGACCAAGAGACGGGUGGUGGAUGAGGGGGAGGGCCGUCUGUGGGCCGAGUCCAGAGGGUUCCAUUACUUUGAGACGUCAGCCCAAAGCGGCGAGGGCAUCAACGAGAUGUUCCAGGCCUUCUUUUCCUCCAUCACAGACAUGUGUGAGAACGGUGGGAAGCGGCCGGUGUCAGAGGUCAGCGUGGGCUUCACCAAGGAGCAGGCCGACACCAUUCGACGUAUCCGCAACAGCAAGGACUCAUGGGACAUGUUGGGCGUGAAACCUGGUGCCACACGGGAGGAAGUGAACAAGGCGUACAGGAAGUUGGCGGUCCUGCUGCACCCGGACAAGUGUGUGGCGCCAGGCAGCGAGGACGCCUUCAAGGCGGUGGUGAACGCUCGCACGUCACUGCUGAAGAACAUUAAAUAACUGAGAGGAGAAUGCACGCACGGACUGAAGARCCACAGUGUUUGUUAUUUUAUUUAUUCAGCGUUUACGUCUCGUGUGCCAUGUUGUUCAUGUUUACCAACCCGUCAAAUAUAUUUAUUCAUCUGCUGAGUGUUUGGAGGAAGAUGAGAGCAACAGGAUGAAAAUUUUCAACUAUGACUAAAUAAGGUGAGAGCUGUUUGAUUUGUUAGCAUCAGUCACUUCCUGUCUGAUAUUAAUCAAUCAGCAUCUCUUUAGUAUCACAUUUUAAAAGUCUGUUUUUAAGUAUUAAGUAUUCUUAAGUAAUUAUAAUUUUGCAGUCAAAACUUUUAGACACAUUUUAAGUAUUUAAAUGUAUAUGUGUCAAGUAUCGUAAAUUUAAGUAAAUGUAUAAAGAAUGUAUGUUUUGACCAGAACGUAAAAGAAAAUUAUUUAGAUUAAAUCACUAAAUUUAGACUUUUGGCUAUGAAUUUGUGUUUAAAUUCUUUAAAUUAGAUAAAUUGGAAAAAGGUUAAAAAAAAAUUCAAAAGAAAAGGAAUUUUUUAUUUACCAAUUUAUUAGGGAAUUUCUGCAUUUUUUUGCAAAUCGUAAAUGUGGGUAAAAAAUGUUAAAUCUAAAUGUUAUUUUCCUGUUGCUCUCAUCUGUUUUUGUAGCYUUUUUUUUCUUUGUGGAGGUAUCGUGUCAAAAGUUCAUUUGUUUUCACAGAGAAAUACGUCCCGACUCAAUGAGCUGAACAGCUUUAGUUUCUGAGAUUAAGGUCGUGUUCACACCUGCACUGUUUAGUCCGAUUUAAUCGAACUCUAGUUCGUUUGCCUGGAAAGUCCGAUUCAUUUGGGGAGGUGUGAACACGUAAUCGAACUCUUAUUCGGACCAAAAAAGCGAACUCUGGUCCGCCUGAAAACCUAGGUCUCAGUUCGAUUGAAACGAACUCUGGUGCAGUUCGAUUGCAUGUGUGAACGCUAAGCGGGCCAGAGACCGCUCCAAAAGCAGGAAGCGGAUUAUACCGCAUGACAUUCUGAGUAAUAACAGUAAUAAAUUUACUUAUAUGGUGUAAAUACCUCGCUGGACGACUGUUUUAAGGUGGACAUCAUGACUGUGGAGCUGGACGCAAAUCAGCUUCUAGAGAUUCUUCUGAAACKUUUGUACAUAGAAUUCCUCCUGAAGUCUCCAGGUGGAAAAACAUUAAACAAUGUGAAUAAGAUGCAUGUUGAAUAUUUAGGCUACGACUCGACCUGAAGGGAGGAACAGACGGCACUUCCUGUCCAACAGGAACCAAUCAGCAUUUGUUUCAUUCCUUAGCAUCACAAUAAUCUUACAACCCCAAUUCCAAUGAAGUUGGGACGUUGUUUAAACAAAAAACUAAAUAUGAUCUUCUGUAAAUCAUU